AUGGCGAGCGACGAGACGACACCACUCCUUUCCAACAAGGGAGAAGGGAAGAGUAGUGUCAAAAGUUGGCUACAAAGAGUUUUUAAUGUUGAAAAUCGAAUUCUUCUUGCGGGGUUUCUCGUCACCUUAGCCUUCAGUUUUACGCAAGUUCCACUGUUUUAUGUGUUUCAUUUGAUGACAUGCGAUUCAUACUACGAUACACAUCCUCCCUACGAAGGCCCAGGCGACAGGUGCAGUCGGGAUGAGAUUGCAGCCGGAACAGCAACUCAGUUCAGUAUUCUGGGGAUGAGUACAACAUUUUGCGGCACCUUGAAUUUAUUUGUGACGGGCUGGACAUCGAAAAAGUUUGGACCACGUGCCGCACUUUUGGUCCAAAUCUUCAUCCCUGCAAUUCGAGUCGUCACACAAAUAAUCGGAGUUGUGGCCGGUAAGCGCGAUGGCAUGAUGAUUAUCCAGGCGACCCAACUUAUUACUAUUUUGGGUGGUCCAGCUGGCUACAUUCUUGUUGUGAACAUCAUCGCUGGUGAAGUUGUCGAACCCAUCAGGCGAACAGCGGUAUUCGGGCAGCUGCAGGGCGCCAUCAUGCUUGGGCAGGGCAUUGGUUAUCUCACUGGUGGGAUGAUUGGUGACGCUAUUGACAUCAGGGCGCCUUUUGACGUGGCUUUUGUCUCUUUUAUUCUCGCGGGUAUCUACGUGUGGAUGGCGCUGCCAUACAUCUCCCCGGAAUCGAUGUCCAACGGCGGAAAGCCAGGUCAGCAGGGCGUUUCGGGCUUCUUAGCGCCUCUAAAGAUCCUCACUCCUCAAAAACUACGGUUAGCAGAUGGAAAGGUCAAGAAACACCUUGGCGUCAUCUUCCUUUGCAGUGGCAUCUUCCUCGGUGUACUUGCUACAGGCUAUGCUCCACUGUUGAUCCAGAUGUAUGCGACUGCAGCCUUCAACUUCAGUCAGUCAGACAAUGGUUGGCUCAUGUCUGAGUUUGCCAUCAUGAGAAGUUUGUUCUUGAUUAUAUUGUUCCCUCGUAUUAUCAAUUGGGGACGUGGUCGUGUCAUCAGUUCUGCGGCGAACUCUGACGAUGAGGGCGACGAAGAGGCAACGCGACAUAUUCCCACGACCGCUGGAGAGUUCGAUGCAACUUUGGGCGAGCAGGCAGACCACGAGCCCUAUGAGGCAGUGAACAUGAAGAAAGAAGAUGAAGGAUCUCUGUUCGACCUUGUCUUCUUACGUUGGAGUCUUCUCAUCGACGGUGCUCUGACAACGGUGGCAGCUUUUGCAACACGCCCAUGGCAUAUCUAUCUCUCUGCGUUCCUUCUUCCAUUCGGCUCGGGUUCUGCCCCUGCAGCAAAAGGCGUCAUCACACAAAUGUGUCCAGACUCCCAGCGCGCCGAUGCUCUCAACGCCGUGACGCUGGUAGAGAACGUUGCGCGUCUCGCCACCCAGGGCCUCUUUGGUUUCAUCUUUGCUAGCCUGGCUGAAGUUGGCAAAGCAUAUGCGACAUUCUUUUGCAACGCGGCCAUCGCCAUUCUUGCGAUGGGAGUGUUGUUAUUGUCCAACUUCCCUCCCACUGGAAGCAUAUUAAUCGAAAAGGACGACCAAGAACGUGAAACUGAACAUGGCGUUGAAGAAAACGAACCAUUGUUAAAUUAG